AUGGUGAAGUUUGUGUGCUACUUACUGCGCAUACUUGCCGACGAAGAGCGCAGGAUUGCCCAGUUCCGACAGGGUAGUGUAGAUGACAGCGAUGCGGCAGAGCAUAGUGAUACUACUUCUUCUGGAUCUGGCAGAUCUGGAAGUGAAGCCGACAGCGACAGCCGCCCGCGCCAUCCAACGUGCGGGAAAAAGGAACCCGACUUCAUGAAGGAUGCCCGCGAGCUCUUCUGCUGGCAAGGAGAGCAGAAAGGGCUGGCGAUUACGUUGUGGGACAUGUUAGAUGGGGCCGACACGGAGGCUCAGGUGGAUGCAUUGCUCAACGUGCUUGCAUCGUUUAUCUUUCAGUCUGUCAGCAACGACUUAUUCCGCAGCGGAUUGCUACAUUUUCUCGCUGUGCUAGGCAUUGAUGGCGAGAUGGAUCGUCUGCGCACAGCGAAACACUAUUCGUACAUGCUUGCUGGCAUGGUGUACUGCGUCCGUGUGCUUGCGGUGGAAAAGCUACUUCCCGCAGCAGAGCGUGACGAGCAGACCGACAAGGACCGCGAUCGUUUCCUCGCAGAGAGACAAAAGUUUCUCGCGGAUGGAUCCUUUAGUCCGAUGAGCGAAAUGAUUAGUUUACUCGCAUACAGCAAAUCGGUUGCGUUAGCCGCUGGUAACUCGGGCAAUGCGUACUGGUCUAAGGAUAAGAAGAUCUUUUAUCUGAACGGUCGCCCCAUCUAUAUCAGCCGCUUCUGUCAGAUGGCUCAAGAUGUAGUAGCCGAGGCGGAGCGUAUGCUUUGGCAGGAGCUUCUCUGGGUGGCUCAGCCGAGCGAGCGCUUUGAGAUUUCGCUUGAUCAGAUUACGGACGACGUUACCUUUACACGACGUGGCGAGUCUUUUGUUACUCGUCGCGACAACAGACUCCACGAUGGGCUCAAGUGGAUGCUGACUUGGGCACGACAGAGAGAACCAGGUCAGAGGAUGCAGUCUA